AAAAUGCUUCCUUUUUUAUGCAUUCCAAUUAAACCACGCAACGCAAAUCUCUCCUCUUUGAUUUUUCAAUUUUAGCGGCAUUUUCGACUCUCCGGUUGCAAAACGCGGUUGUUAAGCAAACACAGCAGCCGCAAUUUCUGUUGCUUCAUUCCAAUUGCUUCUACUUUUCGGCGGCGAGUUUAAUGCUUUUUUAGGAUUGGGGUAGUUUUGACGCAUGGUAGUCUAAGAGUUAGGAGCCGAUGGGUGUAGUCAUAUCAUGAAUUUCUAUUGCUUUGUAAAAGAACUGAAUUUUGAGAGAAGAACAAGUUUAGGAACUUAAUUCUUUAUGAGGUGAAGAUAUGGAAUAUGGACUUGGAUCAUGAUUGUCCAAUGCUAUUUGUUUUUACUUCAACACAGAAUUUUGUGAUGAAUACAGAUUUCGCUGAUAGGAUCAUAAUAACAGAGAAUGAAGAGAAUAGUUUGGAUUUUAAAACCAGAAUCUGCAUAGAAAUGGAGUUAUUUGCUUGGGACACUAGUUUCAUAUCGAUAGAUGUUUAAUGCUUUAUUAUAAGUCUUCCAUACCUAAUUGGACCAUUGCUUUGCCUAUGCACAGCUGAUACUCAAGUUUGACUUCUCUAGGUUCUGAUAAUUACCCACUUAUUCAGACCAGUUGAAUUCGAUACACCAUAAUAUCUGUGUGUUAAACUGAAAGUGCAUGUCUAAAACUUAUUUUAAUAUUGGUUUUUUGUGGUUUUUGUUGGAAUAUUUUCAGGAUUCAGUUGCGGAUUUUGGUUCUGCAAUAGUAUAUUCUAUCUUGCAAGAGGAGAUCCUGCAUCAGCAAUACCUGACCAAGUGACUAAUAUAUAAAGAGUUAUGGGCAUUGACAAACAGAACUCUGGUUUAUUGGAGACUCUAAAGAUGGAGAGAGUUAGGACUAUACUCACACAUACGUAUCCAUAUCCGCAUGAACAUUCACGGCAUGCUGUCAUUGCUGUUUUCAUAGGUUGCUUAUUUUUCAUAUCAUCAGACAACAUGCACACUCUCAUUCAGAAGUUAGACAGCAAUAUUAAGUGGUGGUCUAUGUAUGCAUGCUUGCUGGGGUUCUUCUAUUUCUUUUCUUCCCCUUUUAUAGGAAAAACAAUCAAGCCAAGUUAUUCAAACUUCAGUCGCUGGUACAUAGCGUGGAUACUGGUGGCUGCUUUAUAUCAUCUUCCUAGUUUUCAAUCGAUGGGAGUUGAUAUGAGGAUGAAUCUUUCCUUGUUUUUAACCAUCUACAUAUCUUCCAUUUUAUUUCUUCUUGUAUUUCACAUUGUAUUCAUUGGCCUCUGGUAUAUUGGACUUGUUGCUCGGGUGGCUGGAAGAAGACCUGCAAUUCUGACAAUCCUUCAAAAUUGUGCUGUUAUAAGUGUAGCAUGUUGUGUAUUUUAUAGCCACUGUGGCAAUCGUGCUAAUAUGAGAGAAAAGCUAUUUGAAAGAGGGUAUUCUGGCUGGUUUACACUGUGGAACAAGGAAGAAAGGAAUUCAUGGCUUGCAAAAUUUGUUCACGUGAACGAGUUCAAAGAUCAAGUUUGUAAAUCAUGGUUUGCUCCAGUUGGUUCGGCUAAUGAUUAUCCAUUUUUAUCAAAAUGGGUCAUUUAUGGAGAGCUAACUUGUAGCGGUGGCUCUUGCGCUGAAUCACCAGCUGAAAUUUCACCCAUAUAUUCAUUGUGGGCCACUUUUAUAGGUCUAUACAUUGCAAAUUAUGUCGUGGAGAGAUCAACAGGUUGGGCACUUACUCACCCUGUAUCCCAAAAAGAAUCCGAGAAGUUGAAAAAGAAGCAAAUGAAGCCUGAGUUUCUGGAUAUGGUUCCAUGGUACUCUGGGACGUCAGCUGAUUUAUUUAAGACAGUUUUUGACCUGCUGGUAUCAGUGACUGUGUUUGUUGGACGUUUUGACAUGCGUAUGAUGCAGGCUGCAAUGAGCAAGGUUGAAGAUUCAGCUAAGCAAGAUGAUCUUUUGUACGACCAAUUUGGUGAACGUGACGAAUUGUGGUUUGAUUUUAUGGCUGAUACGGGCGAUGGUGGCAAUUCUUCUUAUAGUGUGGCACGACUUCUUGCUCAACCUUCUCUUAAGGUUCAAAGUAAUGGUUCCUCGAUUAUUUUGCCACGAAGUAACUUGCUCCUUAUCGGGGGUGAUCUAGCGUAUCCUAAUCCAUCUGCAUUUACAUAUGAGAGACGCCUUUUUCGCCCCUUUGAAUAUGCUCUUCAGCCUCCUCUGUGGUAUAAGGAGGAGCAUAUUGCUGCAAAUAAACCAGAAUUGCCUUGUGGGAUGUCAUUACUGAAGGAGUAUGAUGGGCCUCAGUGCUUUCUAAUACCUGGAAAUCAUGAUUGGUUUGAUGGGCUUCAAACAUUUAUGCGUUAUAUUUGUCAUAAAAGUUGGUUAGGUGGAUGGUUUAUGCCCCAAAAGAAAAGCUAUUUUGCCCUCCAGCUGCCAAAAGGAUGGUGGGUCUUUGGACUUGACCUUGCUCUUCAUUGUGAUAUUGAUGUUUACCAAUUCAAAUUCUUUUCGGAACUGAUUAAAGAAAAGGUGGGGGAUUGUGAUUCAGUUAUAAUCAUGACUCAUGAGCCUAAUUGGCUACUUGAUUGGUACUGGGGUGAUGUUACUGGGAAGAAUGUUUCACACCUGAUACGUGACCAUUUAAGAGGGAGGUGCAAACUACGAGUGGCUGGGGACUUGCAUCAUUACAUGCGCCAUUCUCAUGUUCCCUCGGAGAAGCCCACAUACGUACAACAUUUGAUUGUUAAUGGUUGUGGUGGAGCAUUUUUGCAUCCAACUCAUGUUUUCAGUAACUUUGAUAGUUUGUAUGGGACAUCUUAUGAAAGCAAGGCAGCUUAUCCGUCUUUUGAAGACUCAAGCAGGAUUGCUUUAGGGAACAUAUUGAAGUUUCGAAAGAAAAAUUGGCAAUUUGACUUCAUAGGUGGGAUUAUAUACUUUGUGCUAGCCUUUUCAAUGUUUCCACAGUGUAAGCUGGAUCACAUCUUACAGGAUGAUACAUUUUCUGGUCACUUGAAGAACUUCUUUGGAUCAGCAUGGGAUGCUUUCAUGUAUAUGCUUGGACGCUCAUAUGUAUCCUCGGCUGGUGCUUUUGUUUUGUUGGUCAUUGCUAUCACCUUUGUGCCUUCAAAAGUGUCCCGCAAGAGAAAAGCAAUAAUAGGCAUUCUCCAUGUUUCUGCACACCUUUCUGCUGCUUUGAUUCUAAUGCUGCUUAUGGAAUUGGGUGUAGAGACUUGCAUCAGGCAUAAAUUGUUGGCAACUUCAGGCUACCAUACACUGUACGAAUGGUAUCGAUCUGUGGAGAGUGAACAUUUUCCAGACCCAUCUGGCCUACGACCACGUAUUGAGCAGUGGACACUCGGCCUUUAUCCAGCGUGCAUCAAGUAUCUGAUGUCGGCCUUUGAUGUUCCUGAGGUCAUGGCUGUCAGCAGGAGCAAUAUCUGCAAGAAUGGGAUGGAUUCACUUUCUCGAGGAGGCGCUGUGAUUUAUUAUGCUUCCGUCUUCCUCUAUUACUGGGUGUUCUCAACUCCGGUUGUCUCAUUAAUCUUUGGAAGCUACCUAUAUAUCUGCAUCAAUUGGCUUCACAUACACUUUGACGAGGCUUUCUCUUCGCUCCGCAUUGCCAACUACAAGUCGUUUACUCGGUUCCAUAUUAACUUGAAAGGUGAUCUCGAGGUUUUCACCCUUGCUGUGGAUAAGGUGCCGAAAGAGUGGAAGCUGGAUCCACACUGGGAAGGUGAAUCGAAGCUACAACCAAACCAUAGCCACCAAAGAAAGUUUCCCAGCAAAUGGAGAUCGACUUCGUCUCAGCACGAUCCCGUCAACACUGUAAAGAUCGUCGAUCAAUUUACCAUCGAACGAACAGUAACACCCGAAUUCGAACCAGUUAAUGGAUCAGUAUCUCACUGACUAUAGAGCAUGUGGAAUUGUAACACUAUAUACCUGUAGUAGUAUAGGGGCAAAAAGAAAGAAGAGAAAAAAAAGUAUAGGUAGGGAAGGUAUGUACCAUGUUAGCUUACUCUAUGUAAUGAAGUAAAAUCACGAUGAAUACUAAUGAGUAAUCCAAUGCUGCAAAUGCAUUAUGCAA